CGUGGAGAGCACUGUACCGAGAUCAGAUACCCAGAUUGCAGUCAGGCCAAAAGGUCAGACUCUGCUUCGACUUUGCUCCGGACCUGCUCUCCUCUGCCGUCGUGGCGCUUUGCACACGUGUAGAAAAUCGCUGGCUGGCAGGUGAGCGCGUGCCUCUGUGUGCGUGAGAGCUUCCCUCAGCGAAGCUCGCGAAAGCCCCAGAUGUGGCUCUGGGAUUAUAUUAUGCAAAUAAAACACCGCCAAUCGGUGCGAAGAAAUGUCCGGCUUCCCGUUAUCUACAUUGGCUCAGGUGCCGCCGCCUUCUGCGCCAUCUAUCUAAUCUUCGGCUAUGGGGCACAGCUGUUGUGCAACAUUAUUGGAGUGCUGUAUCCGGCCUACGUCUCGAUCCAUGCGAUCGAGUCCAGCACCAAGCAGGAUGACACAAAGUGGCUCAUCUACUGGGUCACCUUCGGCAUCUUCACGGUGAUCGAGUUCUUCUCGGGCGUCCUGACCCACAUCAUACCCUUCUACUGGCUGCUGAAGUGUGCUUUCCUCAUCUGGUGCAUGCUGCCCACGGAGCAGAAUGGCUCCACUAUUAUCUACCACAAGCUGGUGCGACCCUACUUCCUGAAGCAUCACCAAUCCGUCGACAAGCUAAUUGACGAUGGCGUGAAGAAGGCCACCAAUGUGCUGAAGCAUGAUUAGGGCAUACAAGGUCUGCCGGCCGGCCACUCUCCAUGCAUUUGGUACUCCCGCCUCCACGCAGGAUUCUAUUAGACAGCACGCAAUUAGAGUUUGGUCACGUCGUAUUGGUUAUGUUUUUCAAUAAAUUUUAAAUUUCUA